AUGAAGGGUGAAAGAGGGUAUAAGGGUAAAAGCAAAGUCAAGACCUGGUCAAAGCUGAAGGAGGUUAUGCAAGAGCUGUAUAUUCAUAUGAACAGCUUGAAACAAGGUAGUAAGGAGGUUGUGGAGUAUAUAAGGGAGUUUGAACAGCUUAAGAUCAGAACAGGGGUGAAGGAAGCUAAGGAGCAUACUAUUGCAAGAUUCAUGGGUGGUCUGAAUUCCUUGUCUAUUAAGAAGAUGGAGUUGCAGCCCGUGUGGACAUUCAAAGGUGCUUGCAAGCUGGCGAUUCAGCUUGAGAAGCAAAUAAAGAAGAAGUCAGCCUACAAGUCCAUUCCUAAACCUGUUGUACCUGCCAAGAAUCCAAUCUUCAAAGAAGUUAAUGCUGGAAAGAAUAAGGUUGGAGAAGGGUCCAAAGAGCCUAAGAAGAGAUGUUUCAAGUGUCAUGGGUAUGGACAUUUCCAAGCUGAGUGUCCCAAUCUGAGGGCUCUCACACUGAAAGAAGUUGAAAAACUGAAGGCUGAAGCUGAGUAUGAAGAUAAGUGUACUUAUGAUGAAGAUCCUGAUGAAGAGGAGUUUGUUGAAGCCGAUGUUGUGCAAGCAAUGCAUGCUAAUGAAGCUUCUGAUGAUAAAGCUCAAAGGGAAAACAUUUUCCAUUCAAGGUGUACUAUCAAAGGAAAGGUGUGCAGUCUGAUUAUUGAUGAAGGAAGCUGUGCUAAUGCUGCAUCUACCUAUAUGGUGGACAAGCUGGAUGAAGUUACUUGUGAUGUUGUUCCUAUGGAUGCUUGUCAUUUACUGUUUGGUAGGCCUUCAUUAUAUGUUAAGUAUGUGUACCACAAUGGUCACUUAAGUACUUACUCUUUGUUUAUUAAUGGGAAGAAAGUCACACUUACUUAUCUAAAACCCAAUGAGAUUAUUAAAGCUGAAUCAAGCACUAGGACGGAUAGAUCUUUAUUUAUGAGUCAAGUUGAUGUUGAAAAAGAAUUAGACAGUGGUACUUCUAUUUUGUUAUUGCUUAUGCUUGAAAGUGGUGAAGAUAAGAAGUGUGAAGAACUCCCUAGUGUAGUUAGACCUUUACUUGCUGAAUUUGCUAAUGUAUUUCCAGAGGAAUUACCUGCUGGUUUACCACCUAUUAGAGGGAUUGAGCAUCAGAUUGACCUAAUCCCAGGGUUAAUUCUUCCUAAUAAAGCUACAUAUAGAUGCUUUCCUAACGAGACUAAUGAGUUACAAAAGCAAGUAGAUGAGCUGAUUGCUAAAGGCUAUGUUCGAGCUAGCAUGAGUCCUUGUUCUGUUCCAGCUUUAUUGGUGCCAAAGAAAGAUGGUUCUAUGCGUAUGUGUGUUGAUAGCAGAGCCAUCAAUAACAUCACUAUCAAGUAUAGAUAUCCCAUUCCUAGAUUGGAUGAUAUGCUUGAUGAGUUGCAUGGGUCUAGCGUAUUUUCAAAGAUAGACUUAAGAAGUGGCUACCAUCAGAUCAGAAUGAAGGAAGGAGAUGAUUGGAAAACAGCCUUUAAGAUUAAAGGUGGGCUGUUUGAAUGGCUUGUCAUGCCAUUUGGGCUAUCUAAUGCACCCAGCACUUUCAUGAGAUUAAUGAAUGAAGUGUUGAAGCCUCUUAUUGGUAAGUUUGUGGUUGUGUACUUUGAUGAUAUCCUAGUUUAUUCUCAGUCUGAAAAGGAAGACCUGGAACAUUUGAAAGUUGUAGAAAUGUAA